AUGACUCUGGAACAGCAAAGAGAGCAAUUUAUUCGUGGCUUAAAUCCUAUGAACCAAUAUAAUAUUCGAAUGAUGGCUAAAUUUUAUGAUACACAGGAUAAUAUUACAAAAGCCCUGGCUGAAGCGGAAAAAUUUACAUUAUCUCAAAAGAGUGCACCAUCUUCUCUUCCUAUUUUUCCAACAGCCAAUCCAUAUGCAGAUACUAACAGAUUAGGGGGUGGGAUGACUAAAAAUGAAAUCGAGGACUUGAUAAAAACCACAAUGGCUUCCUCACAACCUCAAACAGCUCAACAAAACACCAAUUUACAAUCUUCUAUUAAAUCAUUGCAGAAGACUAUGUCUCGAGCAACUAAGACUAUAGAUAAUAGUAAAAAAUCGGCCAAUAAGAGAGGGGAAGACCUUAUUAUUAGACGAUUUUUAAGUAAGCUACUAAGAACAAAAUCAAAUAAGCAACCUGAAAAUGAUUAUAAUUAUGACCCUGUGGAUGAUAUUACUGACAGUAUGGCCGGGAUGACACUAAAUAGUGCCACAAUAGAUGCUAUUAAUUCUUCUAUUAGAAGUGCUGUUAAGAAAUAUUUUAAGUGCAGUAGAUUUGAACACACUUCUCGUAAGUGCUCUGUAAAGAAGAAAAAGAAAAGUAAGAAGUCUAAAAAGGGUAAGGUUAAUCUCGCUAUAGAACCAGAUUCAGAUUCAGAUUCUUUCGAUACCUCAUCUAGCGAUAGUUCUGAUUCAAGUUCAGAUGAUUCUUCCGAUUCUGGAGGCGAUAUUACUGUUAAUAUUGCCAAGGCAAAAAAAAAGUGAAGAAGAGGAGUGAAUCCGAGAAAUUAUCUUCUAAAGAGAUGUCUAGUACCAAGCUGAGAGAAAUACCACUAGAGGAGACUAUUCGUAAAGUCCUUCAUAAUGAGCUUAAACUAAUCUUCCCCCCACAAUUUUUCCAAGAUUCCAGUCUCAUUAUGUCCAAACAGAUAGUGGCUCCUAUGGAGCCGAAGAAAGAACCUCAAAGAGAUACCCCCUCACUUGCUGAAAAUAUAUCUCCUGACUCAGAUGAAGAGGAGUCUUUGGAUGAACCUAUGGAGAUCAAUUUUGUCAAAAAGAAGGAGCCACUUACAAGCACCACUACUAUAAAGUGCAAAAUCGGUCGCCUAAA